AAUCAAGUGAUUUGCUGCCAAAUGUAUUCUUAUUACUCUUGUUGUUGAUUCAAUCGAAGGUUUGCCUUGUCCCGUCACAAAAUGUGGAACCGUUGUCCAAGGUUACGUGAAUGAGUUAAAAAUCCACGUCAAGGAGUUCCACAAGUUGAACACCAGUGCCAAAAACUCUGUUCCGUUUAAAUGCCGGAUUUGUGGAUCGUGGCAUACUGUUUUCAAAAAUCUGAAGCACCAUAUAGUUCAGGCACAUCCACGAACUCCACUGAACGAAUCAACUAUCCCGGAAUCGAAUACGUUGUCUGACGUACAACCCGUCGAAUGUCCCGAAGAAGAGAUCUCAAUACUUAGCACUUCAGCGGAUUUCAAACAACGACUGGUGAAUACUGCUUCAGCCAUCGUAACCAGAUUCCGGUGUGAUGUAUCUCUCCCAGAGCAAAAAAUACAAAAUUUUAUGAAAUUUAGUUCAUAGCUACAGAAGAACUAUCAACUGUAUAUGGAAGGACUUUUUCAGAAAUUUGUAACUGACGUGGGAAUUCCUUUGGACGACCUCCGUGUAACUCGUGUGCUGGACAACAUGCAGGUGGAAGGACUGUUCGCUGAUGUUCGAACGCCUGAGCGGAAUCUGGACUAUCUUUGUGGGCAAGCAGAGGCAAAAGUUCCAGAGCCACGUGAAAUAAUACUGAAGAAGUCUAAAAUCAAGCGCAUUACUGGACACUGCGCUCUAAAAUCCUCAAAAAGCAGAUGGGCAAAUUUUGGUCCGAUGGUGAAAACAGUUGUAGUGCAUGAAAACAUGCACUACAUUUCAAUCAUUGAUGUCCUUGUGCUGAUUAUACAAAAUAAGCAGGCAAGGGAAAUGAUUUCUCAAGAAAAGAAGUCGGAAGAUGUAAAUGCCAGUUUUUUAGAUAGUAAGUUAUUUGAAAAAAAUCGAUUUUUUUCAAAGACAUCCCUUCGCAGUACGGUUAUCGCUGCAUAUUGACGAUGUGGAGUACUGCAACCCGCUUGGAUCCCGCCGAGGGAAACAAAAAAUUACUGUUAUUUCAUUUAAAAUUCAAAAUUUCGAUGAUAGAAUUAAUUCUGGAUUAGAUAGAGUUUACACGGUACUCAUGGUUCGAUCGCACUUAGUGAAAAAAUACGGAUUCAAGAAAAUACUGCAGCCCCUUAUAACGGAUCUAAUCCAGCUUCAAUCAGAAACAGGUAUUUUGAUCAGACUAGCGAAUGAAGAUAGUGAUUUUGUUCUACGUUCCACAAUUGUUCAUGUGUUGGGGGACACUGCUGCAGUUCACGAACUAUUCGAACUUAUGCCUGCCCAAUCAAACUUGUUCUGCAGAGCUUGCAAUAUUACAAGAGAAGAUCUACACAGUGGUAGUUAUGGAGCACAUUACCCAUUAAAAACUCGAGCAACCGUAAAUUCGUCCAUACAUGCGAUGGAAGAAAAAGCUACUACAUCGUCUAAGUGUGGCAUACUGCGUAGAUCUGCUUUGGAUUCGUUAAAAUAUUUCCAUUUCACGGAAAACGUGUCUUUUGAUCCUAUGCAUGAUGUCUUGGAGGGAUUGGUCGGUAUGGUCAUUAAAAGCAUACUUAAUCAUUUAAUCAAUGUUGCUAAGGUUAUAACCGACACAGAAAUCAACAGGAGAAUAACUAAUUUUGAAUAUGGAAUUGCAGAGACAAAUGAUAAGCCAUCGGGUAAUUUCUGUGCAAAAAAUUUAAAAACUAAAGGCAAUUUGAUAAACCAGUCCGCAUCACAAAGUUGGCUAUUAUUAAGAAUUUUUCCAUUUAUCACAUCAGACGUACUUCAACAAUUUCCCAACUUUUCAAAUUUAAUCCAAGAUUUGCUUUUAAUUACAUUUUACUCUUUUUCGACGAAUCUUACAACUGAAAUGCUAAACUGUUUUAAUAAUUCCAUACAAAGCUUUUAUGAACAUUUUCAACGAUCCUUUCCCAACAAAACGCCAAUCAAUAAGGUUCAUCAUAUAUCACAUUACGUAGAGGUAAUUAAACAGAACGGUCCAAUAGCAAAAAUGAGCUGUUUACAGUUUGAAGGGAAGUUUAAAGUUUCGAAAUCACAAGCAAAAACGUGCAGGAAUUUUAGAAAUUUAACCUUGAGCAUGGCGAAACGGAUUAACUUAAGGCAAAUUAAUGCAAUUAUUCAUCACGAAUAUAUGAUUGAUCAAGUGGUGGUGAAAUCCACUAUAUUAAUAGAAAAACAAUCUGUUGAUUAUGCAAUGCUAUUGUUCGACUUACCUGAACAUGUUACAUUUGUUAAACAUUUAACUUUGAACGGUACCAAUUUCAAACCAGGUAUUGUAAUUAAAAUUGAUACAUAUUCAGGACAAAACUAUGGCGUUUUGGAAGCGAUAAUUGAAAUGAACAUCGAAGGAAAAAAAAAACUAUUUUUGUAUUGUUCAGAUUUUGAAAAUUGUUGAAUUUGUUAAGCAUUUAAAUAGUUAUAAGGUGUCACUUACACAAAACACUACUAGAGUUUCAAUUGAAAGUGUGCAUAGUAAAAAAGUGUAUAGUCUAUGGAACCUUCAACAGACAGAACAAAAUGCUAAACAUUUAUACAUAAGUUUGAAGUAUUCUGACUAGGAAUGUAUUCGUAAGAUUUUGCAGAAGAUUGUAAUAACGAAUGUCAAUUAAAAAAAAAGUACUUUAAUCUGAAAAAAUAAGAAAUUACAUAGAACGGUUUUCAUUUCCAUUGUUUUUAAGCUUUUCACCGUUAUUUUUAGUGAUUUUUUCUGUUCAAAAUAAAAAAUAAUAUGAUUCGAAGAUGAUUGGCCUGUUUAUUUAGCUCCUAUACAAUUCGCAUA